CUUCCCCGUAACCAUAGUGACGCGGCAGGGGUCAGUGGCGAGUUCCGGAGAAGUCGGGCUGGACUGCAGGGUUGCCCACACUUAAUGUCUUCCUCAGAGGCUUGCCUUUGCUGCUCCUCCUGAGAUGUGGUAUCUUGGCUAAUAACGGAAACACUUCCAGAGAUGCCCUCCACUCAUGGCCACACAAGUGAUAUAGUUGCGGAGAGAUACCUGGUUGAGUCUCAGAAGUCUGCAGCUCAUGCUCCACUUGCCUGCAGCGCACAGCACUGUGCUUUUCCUUUAGAUGGGAACCGUCUCUGUGUGUGGAGCCCCAAGGGCCCUUCUCACCAGCUUCUCACCCUACAAGGACACCAUCAAUUGAUUACUGCUGUGGUUUUUGGAAAUCAAGCAGAUCCACUUCAACUCUGCUCUGCAUCACAGGAUUAUAUUAUACUGUGGAAUGUGGUUGAAUGCAGAGAAAAGACACUUGAAGGACUGACUCCUCGAGGGACGAUUCUGGGAUCCCUUUUACAAAAAGUGUUGUGUUUGAGAUUUAGUCUGGAUGAUCGUGCUGUUGCAGUGUGUGUUGGAAACAAAAUCUCUGUGCUGGAUGUAGAGAAGCAAUCAGUGCUGGUGGAGCUGCAGGGCCAUCAAGGCUCAGUGACAGCAGUGGAGUUCUGUCCCUGGCAAGCACACACCCUCAUCUCUGUGUCUGAAGACAGAAGCUUUAAGGUCUGGGACUAUUGUGAGGGAUCCUUGAUAUACAGCUCAUCCAUCUUAACAGCUUACCCUCUCCUGAACUUGCUUAUCAGUGAAGAAAACCGGCAGCUGGUCACUGGCAGUGCUGAUGGUCAGCUGUGGAUCUUCAGUUUGAUGGAGACACAUCACUACCACUGUGUGGCACAUGUAAACCUAAGGAAGAAAAAUGAGACUUUCUUCACCAGAAGAAUGACAACUGGGCAGUGCAGCCUGCCAGAAGACAGUCAGUACCACUCCGGACAUGAGGAGGAUAAAAGCAGAGAAGCUGAAGCAACAUUCCCUGUCCUGAGCCUGGCACACUGUGAUCUCUGCCUGCCAGAUUCCCAGUGUGGAGUUUUUUCUUCUGACUAUACCAAAUGCCUGUGGAUUGGAAGCUCAACAGCUUUAUUCAUACUAAACUUGGGAAGCUUUGAACUGGAGGCCGCUUUACAUUUCAAGGACUUUCAGAGCCUGAGUGUCCACGUUGCUGGGUCCUGUGCAGUGAUGAGGGAGGCCAUCAGCCCCAAGGCAUUUUGCAUACUUGCAUCUAUGUUUGGGAAUAAGAUUGCCGUGUUGGAAAUCAGCCUGGUCGCUCUGCUGAGCUCUCAGCAGUACCCUGGUACAGGAAGGACGCUUCAGGUGCUGGCAAGCGGCCAUGUCCUUCCAACUUCUCCACUGUAUUUUGGAAUAGUUAAGAAAAAAAAUUCUAAGCCUGCUAAUACCAAACGACAUGCCGUGAAGAGUGUCAUGGAGGACCGGCCCCUGGUUUUCCAUACUAAAAUUAGGUCAUCUGGUUAUACAUCAGCACCACAUGUGACUAUGUUUUCUCCAAAGACUAAUAUCAAGCAUAAUAGUAAAAGAUCUUCAAAAUGCAAGAACAAUUACAAAUGUAGGGAGUACCCUUUGGAGAGCUUCCUACCCAGAAAUCUCAUCAGGCAAGUUGCUGUGGCCCAGGAGCCUGUGGCUGUGAGCUGUCUGCAGUUCUCAGGGGAUGGACAGCGGCUGGCCUGUGGCUUAGCUAACCACCUGUCCCUAGUCUUCAAUGCCAGCCUUUCUGGAAUACCUGCUGCCUUUUCAGGUCAUGAUGGAGCUGUGAGCACUGUCUGCUGGAGCCAUGACAUGAGGUGGCUGCUGUCUACAGGCCGAGACCGGACCCUGAGGGUGUGGUCAGCUCACAGGACAGAACUCAUGCUGCUUUUGGCUCCAGAGUCUUUGCCCAAGCCAGUAACAGCUGCACAGUUCUACUACCUGGAUUCUUUCAUACUGUUGUCUUCGGGCCCUGAAUUUUGGCUACUAAAGUACCACAUUGACCUCUGUAGGGAUGACAUACGAAGGUAUAAACCAAAAAGCAGGUAUAAGCCUAUUUUCAGGCUCCCAUUGACCGGUGGUGCGGACGUGACCAGCCUGUCAGCAGUGAACGACUUUUAUUCCUACAUCAUCCUCACAGCUGGCCGGGACCGGACUGUGGAAGUUUUUGACCUGAAUGCCGGCUGCAGCGCUGCAGUGCUAGCUGAAGUCCACUCACGGCCCGUCCACCAAAUUUGUCAAAAUAAAGGAUCAUCCUUUACCACCCCGCAGUCCCUAGCGUACAAUCUUUUCCUGACCACAGCUGUUGGUGAUGGGGUUCGACUGUGGGACUUGAGGACCCUGAGGUGUGUGCGCCGCUUUGAAGGGCAUCCAAACCGCUGUUAUCCUUGUGGAGUUGCUUUCAGCCCUUGUGGAAGGCUCAUGGCUUGUGGUGCAGAGGACAGACAUGCUUACGUGUAUGAAAUGGGCUCGAGCAGCUUUCUAUACCGCCUUGCAGGACAUACAGAUACAAUUGCUGAAGUGGCCUUCAACCCAGCAGCUCCUCAGCUUACUACAGCCACCUUGGAUGGGAAACUUCAGCUGUUUGUGGCUGAGUGACUGCUGACCUGCUGAAACUCUGGGAAGCCUUGACUGUCCUGGACUCACUUUGUAGACCAGGCUGGCCACCAACUCACAUCGAUCUGCUUGCCCCUGCCUCCCUGAGUGCUGGGAAUCACAGGUGUGCACCACCACGCCUGACAAGCAUCUUCUUUUUUAUUUCUAUUGUUUUUAAUGAUUAAGUUAUUCACUUUUCAUCCUAAUUGCAGCUUCCCCUUUAUCCUCUCCUCCUGGUCCCUUCCUCCCUCUCCCCUUCUUCGUUCCCCAUUUUCUUAAUUAGUGAUUGAUGGGGGAGGGCCCAGCCCAUUGCAGGUGGCACCACCUCUGGGCUGGUGGUCCUGAUGACCAAGCCAAUAAGCAGCAGCUGCCAUGACCUCUACAUCAGUUCUUGCCUCCAGGUUCCUGCCCUGCAUGAAUUCCUGCCCUCACUGCUUUUGAUGAUGAAUUGUGAGCAAAAUAAAUCCUUUCUUCCCAAAAGUCCUUUUGGUCAUGGUGUU